AUGGAAAACAAGGAUUGGAAAGUUGGAAAACGCGUUGAAGGUAGAAGCAUCGAAACGUCAGUGAAGUUGGGAGAGGCUUUGAUAUUUUGGAGCAGUUGUAAGAAAUUGACGCCAAUAAUCUACACUCUCAUUGUUGCCUCAUUGCCUCGCGGAUAUGGCAAUGCAAAUUGCCUCGUGCCAAGUGUUCUCUGGGCAGCGAAUAGACGCUUAGAAAUUAGGCUCGACUCUCUCCCUCUCACUCAACUUCUUCCAUGUGAACUCUUCACAGUUAAACUAAACAAACCAAAUUUGUAUUCGAGUGUGCAUAAUUCAGAACUCCAUUCCAUUCCAUCUACUCUUCUCCCCACCUUCUUUCUAUCUGACUCUGCUUGGGGACACCAGCAGAUUGAAGUCUACACAAUUUCUCGUUGGUCACAUUUCGAAAGGGUACGUCAAUAG